GGUCCUGCCCCCUCCCAGGCUCAAUCUAUCCUUCCACAUCAGCCACCCCUGACCCUGUCUACCCCUGCCCCGGAGUAGCUGGGACUACAGGUGGUUAUGCCACCAUGCCCAGCUAAUUUUUGUAUUUUUUGUAGAGACAUGGUUUCACCAUGUUGCCUAUGAUGGUCUUGAACUUUCUGGCCUCAAGCGAUCCGCCCACUUUAGCCUUCCAAAGUGCUGGGAUUACAGGUGUGAACCACUGCACCUGGCUUUAUUUUUCAACUCCUGUUACUUCAUUUAUGGCAUUAACUUGUAAAUUUGUCACUAACCCACAAUCUUUCCCUGGGCUCAAGACCCAUAUAUACCACUCGUUACCUUAAAAUUCAUGUGUCCCCAACUGAACUUGCGUUGGAUAGUAUUAAAUAGGACUUGUAUUACCCAGUUUAUCUUAGAUUCUGCAUUUGAAUUUGUAACCCCAGGGAAAUGGCCCUUUCCUACAUCUCCAGCCCUUUUUAAUGUCUAUGCACAGGAGGCUGAGGCGGGAGGAUUGCUUAAACCCGGGAGGCAGAGGUGGGUGGAUCCCUUGAGGAUAGGAGUUCGAGGCUGCAAUGAGCCGUGAUAACGCCAGCGCACUCCAACCUGAGCGACAGUUUAUUUAUGAUAAAUAAAUAAACAUACCUAAAUAAAAACCAGCCAAAAUGGUAUCGUUUUCCCUUCGUGGCUUUGUAGCCCCAAUAUCUGGCGCUUUCCACCAUUCCUUGGCAAACAGAACAACCAGAGAGCAUAAAAGUCGGGUCUAAGCCAGGAACUCUCGCGAAUCGCUUCUAACGCAUACCCUAUUUAAAUUUUGUAUUACGCUACUCAGGAGGUUGACAAACAGCCUUUUCGGGAAUGGGACUCGAACUCGUAAGCCACGGCUGUUCCUCCAUUUCCCGCCUCAGCUGGAUGACUGAGAGGGAUCUCCGGGAUUAAAGAACAACGACCGCAGGCGAGGGCGCGAGUAAGGUGCGCGCGCUGGGUAGGGGGAGGGGCCUGGAGCGUGCCGAACCGGAUCGAGGGGGUGGGGGCGAGCUCUCUCGCGAGAGUGGGUUUGUUCUUGGGCUGCAGCAGCUGCCGCCACCUCUCGCCAGCGCCGUUGCUGCGGGGGAUUGUGGGAGCCUCGGCGUCCCGCUCGCUGGGAGAGAGGUACCUCUCCUUUUCCCUCUCCCUUUCCCUAAGGUAGGCGUGAAGCGGGUAAGAGUCGGGGUGGGGUGGCUGGGGGCUCUCCUUGUCCGCCGGGAGGGGACAACGACGGCGACAGGGGCUGCGGGGAGCCGGCGGCGCGCCUUUCUUGCUCGCUCCCGCUCUGCCUCCCUCCGCGUUGCGUAUGUGAGCCGCCUGAUCGGCGGCCGCCAUGUUAGGAGCGCAGUGGCGGCGCAACCAGCCUUCUAGGGCGGCGGAGGAGUGGAGUCAACAUAUCAAUGGAGCAAGUCACAGUCGUCGAUGCCAGCUUCUUCUUGAAAUCUACCCAGAAUGGAAUCCUGACAAUGAUACAGGACACACAAUGGGUGAUCCAUUCAUGUUGCAGCAGUCUACAAAUCCAGCACCAGGAAUUCUGGGACCUCCACCUCCCUCGUUUCAUCUUGGGGGACCAGCAGUUGGACCAAGAGGAAAUCUGGGUGCUGGAAAUGGAAACCUGCAAGGACCUAGACACAUGCAGAAAGGCAGAGUGGAAACUAGCAGAGUUGUUCACAUCAUGGAUUUUCAACGAGGGAAAAACUUGAGAUACCAGCUAUUACAGCUGGUAGAACCAUUUGGAGUCAUCUCAAAUCAUCUGAUUCUAAAUAAAAUUAAUGAGGCAUUUAUUGAAAUGGCAACCACAGAGGAUGCUCAGGCUGCAGUGGAUUAUUACACAACCACACCAGCGUUAGUAUUUGGCAAGCCAGUGAGAGUUCAUUUAUCCCAGAAGUAUAAAAGAAUAAAGAAACCUGAAGGAAAGCCAGAUCAGAAGUUUGAUCAAAAGCAAGAGCUUGGACGUGUGAUACAUCUCAGCAAUUUGCCCCAUUCUGGCUAUUCUGAUAGUGCUGUUCUCAAGCUUGCUGAGCCUUAUGGGAAGAUAAAGAAUUACAUAUUGAUGAGGAUGAAAAGUCAGGCUUUUAUUGAGAUGGAGACAAGAGAAGAUGCAAUGGCCAUGGUUGACCAUUGUUUGAAAAAAGCCCUUUGGUUUCAGGGGAGAUGUGUGAAGGUUGACCUGUCUGAGAAAUAUAAAAAACUGGUUCUGAGGAUUCCAAACAGAGGCAUUGAUUUACUGAAAAAAGAUAAAUCCCGAAAAAGAUCUUACUCUCCAGAUGGCAAAGAAUCUCCAAGUGAUAAGAAAUCCAAAACUGAUGGUUCCCAGAAGACUGAAAGUUCAACCGAAGGUAAAGAACAAGAAGAGAAGUCCGGUGAAGAUGGUGAGAAAGACACAAAGGAUGACCAGACAGAGCAGGAACCUAAUAUGCUUCUUGAAUCUGAAGAUGAGCUACUUGUAGAUGAAGAAGAAGCAGCAGCACUGCUAGAAAGUGGCAGUUCAGUGGGAGACGAGACCGAUCUUGCUAAUUUAGGUGAUGUGGCUUCUGAUGGGAAAAAGGAACCUUCAGAUAAAGCUGUGAAAAAAGAUGCAAGUGCUUCAGCAGCAGCAAAGAAAAAGCUUAAAAAGCGUCGUUUUCCAGGGAGUAUGGAAGGUUUUGUCACUCUAGAUGAGGUUGGUGAUGAGGAAGAUUCGGAACUUCAGAAACUUCGUAAAUCGGGCAUGGCAUUUAAAUCUGGUGACAAAAAUGAUGAUGGUUUGGUUGAAAUUAAGGUGGACAAGAUCGAGGAACUUGAUCAAGAGAACGAAGCAGCGUUGGAAAAUGGAAUUAAAAAUGAGGAAAACACAGAACCAGGUGCUGAAUCUGCUGAGAACGCUGAUGAUCCGAACAAAGAUACAAGUGAAAACGCAGAUGGUCAAAGUGAUGAGAACAAGGAGGACUAUACAAUCCCAGAUGAGUAUAGAAUUGGACCAUAUCAGCCCAAUGUACCUGUUGGUAUAGACUAUGUGAUACCUAAAACAGGGUUUUACUGUAAGCUGUGUUCACUCUUUUAUACAAAUGAAGAAGUUGCAAAGAAUACUCAUUGCAGCAGCCUUCCUCAUUAUCAGAAAUUAAAGAAAUUUCUGAAUAAAUUGGCAGAAGAACGCAGACAGAAGAAGGAAACUUAAGAUGUGCAAGGAGAUUUAAUGAUUUCAAAGAAAAUAAUGGUUCUUUGUUUUUAAUGUUAACCUUUUUUAAAUACAAUACUGAUAGUUAGAAGAAAACUAUUGUACUCUUUUGUUUUAGUGGAGAAAUAAUAGAUGUCCAUGUGUUAAGUGUUAUAGCAAAAAAAAAUACAUAUAUGGUUAAGUUAAUGAAUAGUUUUUGUUUUAUCAGAAUGGCAACGGACAGAAGUACUUUGUAGAGAGAUUGACUUCCUGAGCUACUUAAAACAACUUGCACCACUAAGAAAAAAAUGUAGAACCAUUUGGAAAAAUGAAAUUUAGUAGUUCCAAGUUUCAAAGAAAUGUCAACAUUUUAUUCCAUUCAAUAAAGAACAAAACCAAUAGUAUUUUUAUUACUUUCAUCUGAAACAUUCCAUGUUUUAAUCUGAGCCUUGCAGACUUUCAUUUGGAGUUUGAACCCGUUUUGGUUGCAUUUCAUUUUUGGAGAACUUCAUUAACGUGAGAUUGGCAAUUGAAAUGCAGGUGCAGUUUUCUGUUAAUGUCAUGCUGUUGUUUAGGUAAUAAGAAAUAUUAAGUAAUUGGCUUUAGAUUUUGUAAUUUUUUCCCUGAGUUCCUGCUAGAUUUCGUAUUCUAGUAGUCGACGUAUUUUCAGUGAAAUGUAAAAAUAUUCCCGUUCUCUUUGACCAGUAUUAAUUUUUGAGAUCUUACUGCUUGUCACUUGAAUCCCGUAAUUGUCAUAUAUCUCUGGUAUAAGCAACAUUUGAUUUUUGAAGUGUGUAGACCAUCUCUUCAUAUUUUCAAGAUGUAAUUUUACAUUUAUGCAUUUUUAAAAGUUUGGCCAUAAUCCUAGAUGCACGCUUCUAAUUCAUGUACCUGCACAUGUGACCUUUGUGAACAGAAAUUUGCAUGUAUAAUUUGUGUUUACUUGUAACUUUCUGGUUAUAUACUGCUUAUAUCUGUGGAUUCAAGUUACUGAAGUGAAUACCAAUAAAGAGAAAACCCCCUAGGCCAUGUUAAUUGGUUAUACAUGUUUGGAAUGUUAACCAA